AUGAGUAGGAUUGACAAAAGUGGCAAAGUGUUCUACAUGAAGGAGUGGGUACUUGUUGUUGGUGUGAAUCGGUUAGCCCAUGGAACUCCACUUGCUCUUAAGAUUUUGGGUGCUAAGCUAUAUUCAAAGUGUAUAGAAGAGUGGAAAAGUGAGGUGGAAAAAGUAAACAAGUUUGAUGAACCAAAAAUUUCACACAUUUUGAAGAGUAGCUUUGAUGGGUUGGAUAAACUACAGAAGCAUAUAUUUCUCGACGUAGUAUGCUUCUUUAAAGGGGAAUCAAAAGAAGUAGAAAAAAUUCUAAGUUGCUUGUAUAAAGGUGCUGUGAGUGGACUAAGCAACUUGCUCGACAAGUGCCUAUUUGACAUCAAUUCUUAUGGGCGGAUUUCUAUGCAUGAUAUGCUUGAAGAAAUGGGUAAAGAUAUUGUUGAUCAAGAAUCUAAAUACCCUGAAAAGCGUAAAAGGCUGUGGAAUCCUAAGGACGUGUAUCAAGUGCUCAACAAUAAUAAAGGGACUGUUCGAACUGAAGGAAUAAACUUCGGCAUGUAUCAAGUUGAUAACUCACAGUUAAGUCCUACAUGUUUUGAGAACAUGUCUAAUCUUAGAUAUGUCAAAUCUGAAGUUACAUGGAGUUGGACGGAGAAACCACCUACAAAUGGAGUUGAUAUUGAUAUUGUAUAUCUUCCAAAUGAGUUGAGGUAUCUUGAGUGGAGCUAUUAUCCCUUCAAAUCUUUACCACUAAAUUUUAAUCCAAAGAAUCUUGUAGUGUUGAAAUUACAAGAUGGCAACAUGGAACAACUUUGGAAUGAAGAUUUUCAGGAUCUUGUCAAUUUAAGGGAAAUCGACGUUUCGUUUAGCAAGAAGUUAAGGAAGAUUCCUAAUCUAUUAGGAGCUAUAAACCUCAAAAGUCUUGACUGUAGUUGGUGUGAAAGUUCGGUUGAAAUUUCUGAACUCCCAAAUAUGUUGCAUUACUUAAAUUUAUCAUUCACUCGAAUAGAAAAAGUGCCUGAUUCAAUUGAGCAUCUUGAAACAUUGGAUUUGAGCUGUUGUCCAAUUGCCAAAUUCUCAAAAACUCCAAGAAAUCUUCGAGAGUUGAGAAUGACCGAGUGCAACAGUCUCAAAUCACUCUCAGAGCUUCCACCAGAUCUGAUGUAUUUGAAUGCAAAUGACUGCAUGUCAUUAGAAAGUGUAUCCUUCACUGAUCGAACUUUCCAUUCUUUUGGUGGUGAAAGUGACUUGUUUAUGGUAUUCUCUAAUUGCUUCAGCUUGAAUCAAGAUUCAAUUGAUAACAUUGAGGCAAAUGCCAUGCUCAAUAUUCAAUCCCUAAGUGAGAAAUGGGCAUCAAGAUAUUAUAAGGAGUUCUCGCCGGAUCCCCUGCCAAAACUGAUUUGUUGUUUCCUGGGAAAUAAAAUUUCAGCAAAUAGGUUUGAGAAUCAUAGCAUGAAUUCUUCCUUGAAUUUGAAGAUAGCCCCAAGUGGGCGUAGUGGGAGCAGAGUCCGCCAGUGGUAG